AUGCCACCGCCGCCACAUCAAUUGCAUGGGCAAGCUGCCCAUGCAGAGCCAGGGACACACAAUGCUGCAUCGAAUCCUGCCUACUCGGACUCGAAUCCACGCAUUCGCCAACUGGUAGACUGGUUCACAGGCGCUGGUGGUUGGCUGCAUCCUGACGUGCGCAUAGUACAGGAUGAAGCAGGUGGCUUCCAUGUAAUUGCUUGCUCAGACUCAGAUACAGAUGGCUACCAGUUGGUAGCGAAGGGUCAUAUUCGGUCGACGUUGUCGUAUCUCAACCUUGAUCAUACUCAAGAUGCUGUUCCAAACGUGACAAGUCCUCUCCAACGGUUACUAGGAAAAAUCCCCAAUCACAUCUUGACUUAUCUUUUCCUUGUCGAGCAACGCAUUCUUGGAGACAAAUCACCAUGGGAGCACUACAUUGCAUGCUUACCUGUACAGGAGACAAUGACAACGCCUCUGUUCUUUUCUGAAGAAGACGCAGCCUACAUGAAAGGCACUCCAGUCUACAACAGUCUCUCCGCUCAGAAAACUGCACUGUUUGAGGAAUGGGAAAAAGCGCGAUCCUUCAUGGUCAAGGCUGGCCUCUCGGACGAGGCAGUCUAUCAAGCUUGUGACUUUGAGUCGUAUCUCUGGGCCGUAACCAUAAUCACAUCUCGCGCCUUCAUCUCGCAAGCCAUACUCCCAACUCUACCAAAAUUCUCUCUGCUGUUCCCUGUAAUCGACCUACUUGACCAUUCUCCCACAGCUCGGGCCCAGUGGGACUUCACGGUUCGCGACUCUUUCUCCUUGAAGCUCUCCCAACCGUUCCGGUUCGGCGCCGAGCUGUUUAAUAACUAUGGACCAAAACAUAAUGGCGAACUCUUGUACGGCUAUGGUUUCGCAAUUCCGAACAACCCGGUCGAGCAAAUCCAUCUGAAGGUCCGAUUUGGCGAAGCUGCCCAGUGGGAAUUAGCCCAGUUCAAUAAACCAGGUGUCUUGCCAUUCGACCUUGAUCCGCAACUUUGCGAGGAACCUUUUGAUAAUGAUCUCCUCUUCCGACCAAAUGGUUCACCGCUCGGACGAUACCGCAACCGAGUCCCCUGCUUGGCUGCCUGCCCUCCGCAGUAUGUCCUCUCGAAUUACCAGGCUGCUCUCCGACAGCGAGUGAUACGGGCUGAAGCCGUCCAAGACCCGUCCUUUCCAGGAACGAGGAUAACGUUGGCUACGAUCAAGCCCUUCUACGCAUUCAUUCAACGAAGACUUGCCGAACUUUCCCAAUCUCGUUCAGCUGCACCUUCACCCCAGAACAAAAAGCAACGAUUCGCUUCCAUAUAUCGAGAUGGCCAGCUCAAAGUCGUCCGCAGCCUGCAUGAUGAAUUGUCUGCUCACUUCAACUCCGUCAGGACGUCUGAAGCAAGCCAGAAACGUGGCAUAUUGACCACGACAGAGGCACUAAAAACGCUGAAGCAGUACUCCCCAGAGCACUACGAGAACUUCAAGACCGGCGUCCGAGCCGGCUGGCCCAACUUCGACGUCGAAGAGGAUAUUGAUGCCCUCGCCGCCACGGCAGAGGAAUUCCUCGUCUGGGCACUCUUACUCGUCGUCAUGCACGCCGUGGCAUCCGACUCCCCAACCAUCGGCGCAUGGCUCGUCGAUAUCAUAGCGGCAUAUCGCAUUCCCAGGUUACCCAACUUCAACUUACUACUGGACGACGAAGAUGAAGACCUCGAGUUCCUCACCCAAGUCGUUGCCUCCGCCGUCGCCCUAGGAGAUGAGACAUGGAAGGCCGUGAAUGCCCUCCCCAAGCUCGAUCUCGUGAUCACAUGGGCGCUGCGUGUGGCCCGUUGCGAAAUGCUAACGCUUCCCGACCUGCAGAAUCCGCAAUUGGACAGGCAUUGCUUGUAUAUGUCGAGUGAUGGCGACAACGUAGAAGGCGAGGAACCAUGGAUCUUGAAGGAUGUCGAGGUGGGGGAUUGGAGAGACAUUGUGCUGGACUGA